GGAAAAUUAAAUUAUUAUCUCAACUUUGGAAUUGACCGCCACUACCUUUGGUACGAGUCCUUUGUUAUAUAUUAGUAUCCAAGGCUGCCCUCCCAAUCGUCAAUCCGUUAUCAUCCUUUCCUUUCUCUAUCUAUUCCAACUCAAACUCAUCCCAGGACACUGCCCUAUAGCUCGUGGAAGCUUGUUGGCCGUCGAUCCUUUUUUCUGACUCGUCCAGAAUUGAUAUAAUCAUUUCUUAUAUAUACAUAUACUUCCUCUUAUCACCCUUCCCUUCCCCUUCCUCCCUCGCCUAGGAAUUCAUUAGACCAUCAUGCCUCGCUUCGACGACGCUGACUUCGCGGUUGAUGCCGCCCCUGCUGCCCCGGGUACUGCUCAAGCCCCGGCUGCUCGCUCUCCCAGAGACUCUCGUGCUAGCAUGGCCGGUUCUCUGCCCAUUCCUCAUGAUGCGGGUGCCACCAUUGAGAUCCCCGCAACUCGCAGCUCCAUCAGCGAUGCUGCUCAGUACAUGCACAACCUGAGCCUGUCUCCCUCGACAAGGGACCGUCGUGGCUCUCGCAACUCCUUUGGCACCUCUCUGCCCAUCCCCAGAUCCCCUCGUGUCUCCCGCCUGGCUUCUGUGGUCACCGCGGAUGGUGGCUCCGUUUCCCGUGACAUCCUGGCAUCUCAGGUCCAGGAUAUGUCCAAGGAGAAGGUGGACGCGGCGAAGAACAUGGCCUUUGCCUUCGAUAUCGAUGGUGUCUUGGCUCACGGUAACGAGCCGAUUGAGGAGGCUAAGGAGGCCCUGAAGAUGCUCAACGGCGACAACGAGCUGGGCAUCAAGAUCCCUUACAUCCUGCUCACCAACGGUGGUGGUAAGACUGAGGCUGCCCGUUGCGAGCAACUUUCCGAGGUUCUCGGCGUUCCCAUUUCGACCGACCAGUUCAUCCAGUCUCACACCCCAAUGCAGGCAUUGGCUGAGUACUACGAGACGGUGCUUGUGUGCGGUGGUGAGGGUCAGAAGAUCCGUGAAGUUGCUGAGAACUAUGGUUUCAAGAACGUUGUUCACCCCAAGGAUAUUCUCGCCUGGGACCCCACAGUUUCCCCCUGGAGGUGCUUCUCUGAGGAAGAUCGCGCCGAGGCUAAGCCCCGCGACUUCUCCAAAAUCAAGUUCGACGCGAUCCUGGUCUUUGCCGAUUCUCGCGACUACGCUACCGACAUGCAGCUGAUCAUGGAUCUGUUGCUGGCCGAGGACGGAAAGAUGUUGACCCGUGCUGAGGACCCCGUCGCCUCUCGAAUUCCUGUCUACUUCUCUCAGGGUGAUCUGGUCUUCCCCACGGACCACAAGGGACCUCCCCGUCUCACCCAGGGUGCCUUCCGUAUCUCUAUUGAGGCUCAGUACAAAGCGAUCACCGGCGUUGACCUCGAGCGUGUCGUUUACGGCAAGCCUGAACGCGCCACCUACACCUAUGCCGACGAGGUUCUUAAGUCCUGGAUGGAGCAGAUCCACAAUGAGAACCGCCUCCCCAAGAACAUUUACAUGGUUGGUGACAACCCGGCCUCCGACAUCUGCGGUGGUAACAUGUACGGCUGGAACACCUGCUUGGUCCGCACCGGUGUGUUCCAGGGCGGUGACAACGACACCAACAACCCCGCCAAUUUCGGUGUCUUCCCCAACGUCCUGGAGGCUGUCAAGGCUGCCGUCCGCAAGGAGCUUGGCCAGGAGUUCAAGUUCAAGUGGAACCCUAAGGUCAACCCCGUUACCGGCGGCGACAGCGGCUCCGCUGUCGAGUAAACGACGAUCAUGCCAACAACUCAAAAAGAAUCAAGGAACUUACCCUUAACUGGCGUUUGGUGAUUUCCUUUCUCUUUAUUUUCGACAUUACGGUAUAUUUCCCAUUUUGAUGCUAGAC